CAAAAAGAGAGGCGUUAGUGGAGAGGGAGAGCAGUCACUAUGGCUUGUGUCAGCAGAUCUGUUCCAGUGAGGGAGCGCUGCUGGGUCUCCUCAUUCCUCCCAACCAGAAUGGUUGAGCCAAGCCCUAAAGCAUUGCACCUCCUCUCAGGUGGGGAUGUCAGCAUGGCCUGUGUCGGAGUCAAAGUAGAACAAGAGGAGUCCUGCGGAGGAGUUGGAGUCAUUACCAAUGCUGAGCCUCCUAAGAGGUCUCCGUCACUUGAUUGGUCGGGAAAUCAUCCACUGGAAGCCCGCCAAUUGACGCCACCGCUCUCCCGCUCCCCCUCGGAGGGCUCUCCAGGUAAAGAGCUGCCUCACAGGCUGAGCCCACUGGGACUGAAGGAAGCCAGGACACAUGGUAGAGCUGAGGGACACUCCAGCUUCAAGGAAGUAAUGCCGACCAUUGAGAAGCUGCUGAAUGCUGACUGGAAGGAGAAACUUCUGGAUAAAAGCUCAGUGGGAGCAGGACAACUGAAAGGUACCCCCGAGGCUCUGGCAGAAAAGGAGCUCCAGUUGCUGAUGAUGAUCAACCAGCUGAGCGGACUGAGGGAGCAGCUCCUGGGAGCGCACUCUGAGCAGAGGAACAUGGCCGCCCUGCUGCUGGAGAAACAGCAGCAGCAGAUGGAGCUGGCUCGACAACAGCAGGAACAGAUCGCCAAGCAGCAGCAGCAACUGAUCCAGCAGCAGCACAAGAUCAACCUUCUUCAGCAGCAGAUCCAGGUGAACAUGCCCUACGUGAUGAUCCCGGCUUUCCACCCCAACGCACAGUCCCUCCAGGUCUCCUCUGACCAACAGAUGACUUUACCUCUGCAGCCAAUCCCCUGCAAACCAGUGGACUAUCCCAUGCAGCUGCUCCCAAACCCUCACGCCCCCCCCGCCAAGAGGAGCAGUGGUUCCUUCCGACAGGAAGCCAGUCAGCCCUUGAACCUGACCUCCAAGUCCAAGGGUCAUGAUCUGGGGAAAACCCUGAGUCCACUGGGUCUGGAGCUGGGGCUGCACGGAGCGUACCGGCACCGAGACGUCCAGAGAGAAACCACCAGAAGCCCCCAACGAACCACACUCAGUUUCCUUGGAGACGGAGACGUUGUCACCCAGGCGAUCCACGACGCCCAGCAGCUCCUGAGGGGCCACGGCAGCCGAGAGAGGGACAUGGAGAGAGAGAGGGAUGUGGGAGCAAAGAUGGAGUAUAAGGAAUGUCCUCGCAGCGAGAGGAUUACUCACGUGGAGAGAGGUGAGGAGCACCUCAGCAGUGAUUCUGAGGGGGCCCUUCCCAACUCUGUCCCAGGAAACUACACUGAGACCCGCCCCCCCCCCACCUCCGCACACAUCAAGAGACCCAUGAACGCCUUCAUGGUUUGGGCCAAGGACGAGCGGCGGAGGAUCCUGCAGGCGUUCCCCGACAUGCACAACUCCUCCAUCAGCAAGAUCCUGGGCUCCAGGUGGAAAGGCAUGUCCAACCAGGAGAAGCAGCCUUACUACGAGGAGCAGGCGAGGCUGAGCCGGCAGCACCUGGAGCGUUACCCCGACUAUAAGUACAAACCCCGACCCAAACGCACCUGCAUCGUGGAGGGGCGGAGGCUGAGAGUGGGCGAGUACAAGGCCAUGAUGAAGAACCGCAGACAGGAGCAGAGAGCCACCUACACACACAGUCAAACGGAUCCUCAGCAGCUCCACUACCCUCACAGCGAGGGUCCGUACCCGGGUGCUACCGGCUCAGUUUCGGUGGCGAACCUCACCUUUCACCCCGCGAUGCUGGAGCAUUACCUGCCGCAACCCCCGCCCACUCUGCGCCGAGCCGAGGGCCAGGCCACGCCCACUUCCCUGCCCAGAGAGAGAGAGAGGGAGAGAGAGAGGGAACGACCUCCGUACAGCGAGGGGGAGGAGAGCGAUGGAGGGGAGAGGAGUGAGGGGGAACUGGUGCUCCUCACAGACUGAAAUGGGGAAAAUGGAGAUGGAGGUGAGGGAUGAGAGGGGGGGGAGGAAGGGUGAUCUUCUGUCAGAGAAGAAGAAGAAAGGAGGAUGAAGAGCUAUUGAAAAGUGAAGACACGUCAUUGUCACACCCUUGUAAAGUAAUUGUUUUUAGUGACCUACACACACACAAAAAGGCAAGCUCUUAUCAUUUCCCUUCAUUGACAUGUCAUCGGUUACUUUGUUUCGUCAUAUUUGAAGGUAUAAUGUAGAAAGUUUAUCCUUUAAUCCCCUUAGCUUCUUGUUUUCCUCCCCGUGUUGACUGUUUGCAAACCACAGGGGUUAGAUUCAGGAGGAGAGGCUUACUAGCAUCCCUGUUUUCACCUGUUAGAUUUGUAAUAUGUCCGUGCUGCCCCCUGCUGGUGAAGGCUGAUUUAUUACAUAAUGUAAACACCCCAGAGGAGUAGCAUUUAACAAAUGUAAGGCAUAGGGCAGGUUGUGUGGAUAGUGUGCCACCUGGAAAUAAGCUAAAUCUAAUUUAAAAGUGAAGAUUAAAGGAGAAAAAUUAACAGAUUGAAGGUGUUUUUCAGCUAUUUAGUAUUGCACUUCUAUAAGAAAUCGGGGGAACAAGUUUUAACUUCCAAACAUUUUACAACACAAGACAUUUGACUAAGUCAUUUUGGGGCUUUGUUUGACAUUUCUUACCGUUUUCUGACAUUUUUCAGACAAAACAACGAAUAAUGGGCUGAUUCAUUGACAACAAUUACGAAAAAUAAUUGUAAAUUGCAGCACUAGCAGCUGUCAAUCAUUGCUUUACAGUCGGUUAGGAAUCUGUGUGGUAAAUGUUCCAGUCAAGGCAAGGCAAAGUUUAUUUGUAUAGCACAUUUAAUCAGGU